CAACACUGCGCCGCUUUCAAAGAUGGCGUCACUUCGAACGGUGUCGUGAACGAUUAUUCUAGUUGCCGCUGAAAAAAAUAUUAUUUCUCGCAUAAAAUAUACCUGCCGGCCGCUCAAACCGAUCGAAAAGCAGAGCUAUCCCCUUGCGGCGCGAUUUGCAGCUAAAACUGUGGCAGUGCGGGCGCGAUUAAACGCAGUAAACCCACAGCACAAAAGUCGGGCGAGUCGAAGUCGGGAAUCUGCAUCCGCAUCUGAAUAUCUCAAUCCGAAUCGAGGUGUGUACGUAGUGUUGCGUCGCUUUUUCAUUGGGAGCCCCUCGCAUAGCUCGCCGUGAAUCGCAAACAUUGUGCUAAAUUACAUAAAUAGCUAAUGAAAGGCUAGCGAAAAGGACAAAAGGAGAAUUCUGUGGACAAAAGUAGGAAUUCCUGAGAGAGCAUUAAGAGCGAGGGAGACGGAACGAGUCGAUGACGAUAGCCCUGUUUCUUUAUCGCCCAGGAAUCCCAUGCAGUAUGACCGCGCUGCGCACCUACGGAUAUCUCACCUGCAGAGUGACCGUGUAAGGGAUAGCGCAGCCGAGAGAGCAACCGCGACGCGCAACAGCAACCAACAACAAUAAUAGUGUGCAUGUGAUGCCAAAUACGGAGAUCAGAGUGAAGAGAAGCCAGACUACUAUGUGCCAUUCAGGAGCAGCCGAAGGAGCAGACAUCAAGGUAGAGCAACCCAGAAGCUAAGCGAGAGUAUUAUCGAGAUCCCUCCACUAAACAAUACAAGCAACAAACAAACAAACAAGCACAGUGUACAUACAACUGUAACGAAUUUAAACAAAAAUCCAAAGCAGAAGCAAGAAGAGCUGCCAGAGCGAGGUAGCUAGGUAGAGAAGUAAGACGACAUUUCACGCCCCACAGCUACCGUAAGAUAAAUGCCAAGAUAAGUCGUUACCGCUUCAACACCGCCAUCAGCAUCACCCAGCAACAGAAGCUGCUCCAGCAACUUCAUCACCACCAGCAGCACAACCAGCAACAGGAGCAGCAACAGGAUCCAGGCCUGAAAGUCAAGAGACGCAAGCAGAAUCAGAAGCGGACGUUGCAGUUGCUGAUUGGCACUAAAAGAGGAGCAGGAGCGCGCGAAGAGCUGUUGGAGUUGGAGUUAACCAGCGGGGAUAGAAACAAUUGCAAGACGCCCAAUUCAACCGCCAAAGUCGCCAACAUAACACAUAAAAUUUUCGGUUGGCUACGCAAAUCACGCAACAAACGGCCAGUCGAGAUCCUAAGCAGCGAUUUCGGCGAAGACGGCGACGAGGGCGUGGGCAACGAGGGCAAUCGGAAAGGGGGGAAAGGCAACGGGCAAGGGCAAGGUAGAGAUAGAGGCCAGGCCGCUGGUGAGGAGGGUGGAGCAGCUGCAACUGGGCCAGCCGGUGCAACUGCAACCGAAAUAUUUUCAGUGGCAAGCGUUAGAAACAAAGCCGGCAAGCUGAAUACCACACAGUCAGCCACGGAGACCACCGCCAUCGAUUCAAACGAACCCAAAUCUGAAAAGAUGUCAUCGGGCACGUUUGUGGAUCGAAUCGACCCGUUCGCCAAACGUUCGCUCAAGAAGAAGGGUAAAAAGAGUCAAGGUUCCUCGCGCUACAGAAAUUCCCAGGAUGUUGAGCUGCAGCAAUUGCCGCCAUUAAAAGCCGAUUGCUCCAGCCUAGAACAGGAGGAGCUGUUCAUAAGGAAGCUGCGCCAGUGCUGCGUGUCCUUUGACUUCAUGGAUCCCGUGACGGACUUGAAGGGCAAGGAGAUCAAGAGGGCCGCUCUCAAUGACCUAUCGACCUAUAUAACACAUGGGCGCGGUGUGCUUACGGAACCGGUUUACCCGGAAAUAAUUCGCAUGAUUUCAUGCAAUUUAUUCCGCACGCUGCCGCCAAGUGAGAAUCCCGACUUUGAUCCCGAGGAGGAUGAUCCGACAUUGGAGGCAUCUUGGCCGCACCUACAGCUGGUGUACGAGGUCUUUCUACGCUUCCUGGAGUCGCAGGAUUUCCAGGCCACUAUCGGCAAGCGGGUGAUCGAUCAAAAGUUCGUCUUGCAGCUGUUGGAGCUCUUCGAUUCGGAGGAUCCACGGGAGCGGGACUUCCUUAAGACCGUUUUGCAUCGCAUCUACGGAAAGUUCUUAGGAUUACGGGCUUUUAUACGAAAACAGAUCAACAACAUAUUUUUGCGAUUUAUUUAUGAGACGGAGCACUUCAAUGGAGUCGGCGAACUCCUUGAAAUUCUCGGAAGUAUCAUCAACGGAUUUGCUUUACCACUGAAGGCCGAACACAAGCAGUUCCUCGUCAAGGUCUUGUUGCCGCUGCACAAAGUCAAAUGCCUGUCACUCUACCAUGCCCAGCUGGCGUACUGCAUUGUCCAAUUCCUAGAGAAGGAUCCAUUCCUCACCGAGCCGGUGGUGCGUGGCCUGUUGAAGUUCUGGCCGAAGACGUGUUCCCAAAAGGAGGUCAUGUUCUUGGGCGAGAUUGAGGAGAUCUUAGACGUCAUCGAUCCGCCGCAGUUUGUCAAGAUCCAGGAGCCGCUGUUCCGUCAAAUUGCCAAAUGCGUUUCGAGUCCACAUUUUCAGGUUGCUGAGCGGGCUCUAUAUCUGUGGAACAAUGAAUACGCCAUGUCGCUGAUCGAGGAGAACAACGCGGUCAUCAUGCCCAUCAUGUUCCCGGCCCUAUACCGCAUCAGCAAGGAGCACUGGAAUCAAACCAUCGUAGCCCUCGUCUACAACGUAUUGAAGACGUUUAUGGAGAUGAACUCCAAGCUAUUCGACGAACUGACCUCCAGCUAUAAGGCGGAAAGGCAAAAGGAAAAGAAGCGGGAGCGCGAUCGCGAGGAGCUGUGGAAGAAGCUGCACGAACUCGAAACUAAUCGUUCUACUGGGCGCGCCGCUGGCGGUAGCGCUGCGACAUCCAACAGCGCAGCACCCGCGGCGUCAACAUCGUCACUGCAGCCACCCAGCUCCGCCGCCGGCCUGAACUCACAUCAGCAACAGUCGAAUAGCAGCAGCAGCGGCAGCCUGUCCAGCGGCGGCGACAAUAAUCCUGCGACCACAAACGCCAAAAUCAAGGAAAAGUCGGAAAACUAAGCGGAAAUCCAGCGAUAGACGCGAGGCGCGCCAGAAAUUAACAAUAAAAUAAUUAAACCAAGAUCAGUAAAAGCGUCAAGCUUAACACACACACACAUUAUCCGUAAAUGGCAGAGGCGAGAUUGCAUCUACAGAGGAAAUAAAUAGUUAUACUAAACACACACACACACACACAUAUGCUAAACUUUAAAUCAGAAAAUAUAAAAAACUAAUAUGUAUACUCGAUUGACAAGACACCAACCAAGCCGAACGACCCGCAGGACGCUUGGGCGGCUGUUGAAGGAGGUAGAACCGAAAUCUAGACCGGGAGCUGAAUCAGAUCCCUGUGGGCGUGUGUGUGCGUGUGAGGGGUAUGUUACAAAACGUUGAGUGCGGCAUCAAAGAAAUCUUUAUAAAUAUUGUAUCUUAAACCUAAAAAUUGCAAAAAAAAUAUACAAAAACAAAAACCUAAAAAAUAGACACAGUCACACUAACACAUACAUGCGUGCACAUACACACCCCAUAUACAGACACACACGCGGACACGUAUAAAUAAAUAUUAAACAAAAAAAAAAAAGAAGGAAAGAAAUAUUAUUAAUUACGUUUAAGCGAUAAAAAAGUUGAAUAAAGAGAUACCAUGUUAGUAAGUGAAA